AUGGCGCAGCCAACCACUAACACUGCCUGGACCAUCCCAGCAACCGCCACAGCCGUCAAGCAUCUCACGAAAGUCGAAAAGGAUGUACCAACCCCAGGCCGCAACCAGGUCCUGGUGCGCCUCACCGGCGCCUCACUGAACUUCCGCGACAUCCUCGUCUCUACCCACUCGCCCAACUACCCAGGACCGCACAAGCCCGACCUUAUUGCGUGCUCCGAUGGCGCGGGCCUCGUCCAUAGCACCGGUCCGUCUUCUGUAUGGGCAGGCAAAGAAGGCACGCCUGUUGUGCUGCACCCUUCGACUUGGCUGUCCGGCGACGUCCGCAAUCUGCGCUUGGAUCAGAUAUAUGGCGCGAUGGCUAAUGAUGGGACGUUGCAGAAGUGGAUAGUAGUGGAUGACGAGCGGGUUAUCGCGGCGCCGAAGGGGUUGAGUGGAGUUGAGAGUAGUUCGUUGAUUACAGCGGGAGUGACAGCUUGGGCUGCCAUUAGGGGAAGUUUAGAUGGGAGAUUCGAUGGAGGAUUGGAUGAAUGGAAAGGAGCGUGGACUGAGAAGAGGUUGGAAGGGACGUGGGUGCUUACGCAGGGGACGGGGGGUGUGAGUUGUUUCGCUAUACAGAUUGCGGCAGUUCUCGGCGCGACGGUCAUCGCGACUUCCUCCUCAGACUCCAAGCUCGACGUCGCAAAAUCCCUCGGUGCCACGCACGUAAUCAACUACGCCAAAAUGCCGGAGUGGGACCAAGAAGUACUUCGCCUUACUGAUGGAAAGGGUGUUGACCACGUCAUCGAAGUGGCUGGUGCUCAGACACUUAUGAAGUCUGUGAACAGCGCGCGGGCGGGCGGGUUGAUCAGCCUGAUUGGGAUACUGAGUGAAGCGGAGACGCUUCCAGCAGCUCUUGUGCCGAGCUUGCUAUUUGGAGGGAAGAUUAUUAAGGGAUGCGUUGCGUUCAAUCGCGAUAUGACCGCUGAAUUCGUGAACUUUGUCGAGAAGAACGGUAUCAAGCCAGUUGUUGCGGAGACGUUUGCGUUCGACGAGGCGGUGGGGGCGUUUGAGGCACUGCAGAAGCAGAGCGCUGUUGGGAAGAUCGCGGUGAAGAUCAGUGAUGAGUAA